AGUGUCGUCAUGGUGACACUAUCCCUUUAAAUCUGUCCCCCUGUACCUUUAAACACGCCAAUUCCGCCCGCCGACCGUCAAUAUUUCCCCCUUUUGGACGCGUUUAGCUCCAUUCAAACCGCAGCGAACGACGGGGCCGGCGGAGUACGCGAGCCGAGACGACAGCAGAGCACAGCGGCUUCCUCAGGCGGCGGCGUGGGGGGACGAGGCCGGGGGUCCAACGAGGCCCCCAGACGAGGCGACUGACCGUGUCUCGCCGUGGACAUCUUGUCCUCGUCGUUUGGGGCCGACAGCGAGGAGCGGCGGAAAGGAGGAAGGAGGAAGCGGAGUGAAAGCAUGCACGCUCGUUUACCUUGUCAUUGAGGAACUUUAGUCUUUUUUUUGUUUGUUUGUUUGUGGCGGGGGUGGGUUUCUUUUUCGGGGUAGUUAUGAGGACAGCUCGAUCGGGCGGGACUCACUCCGCCGUUAGCUCCCGCCGCUAGCCAGCAGUCAACCGGCUGCCUUGACAACGAGCGCCGAGUACCCGGAUGUUGGACCGACCUCCUGCAGAGAAAAUACACGUCUCGUGUGUUUAUGGCAAAAAAAACAAAGACAAAACAAGAUAUUAAAAAGAUGUCUGUCUGUGUGUAAAUGAGUACAAAGAAACAAAAUAAAAAUGAAAAAUUAAUAAAACAAAAAAUAUGUAAAAACAAAAACCAAGAAAAAACAAAAAUGCUCGUAUGUUAAAUUUACUACUACAAUAAUGUGUACGUGUGUAAAAAAAAAAUAAAAACCAUUAAAAAAAAAAAAAAAAGUAUUAAUUUUAAAACGGGAUUUACCUUAAUGCAUUUUAUUUUGGCCCUUAAUCCCACACAGUGGAAUUGACUUUGAGUUGAUUUCGGUAUUUAAAAAUGAAAAAAAUAUAUAUAUUUUUAAUAUCUUGAAGCUGUUUUAGAUACUGUUUAAUAUGAAAAGGUUUUUCAUAUGCUGCUCAGUAAUUGGGCAUGCCUGCUUUCUCUCGUGUUGUUUUCAUUUUGGAGACUCCCGGGACAGUUAAUUGAAUAAUAAUAAUGUAGACCAGAUCUAAUUUUCCAAAACAAGGUGUUUAAAGACACAUUUAAGUCACAAGUAAGCCUUGCAGAAUAAUAAACAUGAUGCACUUCCUUUUUAAUUAUUUUCCGUUUCAUUUCUAUUUAACCGUAAUAUAAAGACUAUUGGACAUAAUUAGUUUUCCGGUGAAAAAUAAUGACGCUCCAGUAAUGUGUGACGACGUCAGAGUUGUCCUGGGCUCGCGUCGACGCGGGUACUGUCUCUUUAAAUUUACCCAGGAGCCCCUUAAGGAGCCCCAGGGGCCCCUCGUCCGGCUCCCCACCCUGAAGACAAGCAAGAGUCUCCAAAAUACGCCACCGGAGGCCCACGCGCACGCAUUUGCCUUUUACCACGGAACGUUUGGAAUCUAUGAAAAGUUAACUUGUCAAGGGAGGAGGGGGGUGGGGGGGUUGGCUUGAGGGGGUCGCGCGCACGCACGCGCGUCGUCGGAGCUCCCGUGCGAUGCCAGAUGCGAGUCGCGAACGUGCUCGUGCGCGCGUGACACGUCCCGUAACCGGAGCGAGCGCGGGAUGGACGACGGCGCCGCGGAGCUCCGGCUUGCCGAGCGCCGGGCUCAGCCGGAGCCCGGGCCGCCGCUCUCAUUAACUGUCCGCGGGGAGGAGGAGGAGGAGGAAGAGGCGGCCCCCGGCCAGAGCGACUCGGGAGCAGAGGACGGGCUCGCGAACGGCCACGCCGCCGAAGACGAGCCCGCGGCGGGCGCCACCAGCUACUGGAGCAUCAGCGAGGGUCCGGACCACCCUCUGAUCCUGUCCCCGGCCCCGGGGCCGUCGGGACGCAAACCCCGGGCGCGGCGGGCCUCGCGGCCCGGCCUGAGUCGCAUCCCGGGCCGCGACCACCGGCGCUACUACCACGAGUACUGGCGCAGCGAGUACCUGAUGGACUUCGACCCGCUCCGGCACGGCAUGAUCUGCAUGGUGUGCGGCAGCUCGCUGGCCACCCUCAAGCUGAGCACCAUCAAGCGCCACAUCCGCCAGAAGCACCCCGACUCGCUGCUGUGGAGCGCCGCCGACAAGGAGGUGAUCCGCUCCGGCUGGGAGAGCCACCUGAGCCUCGGGGGAGGUCAGGGGUCGUACGCCGAAGCCAGAGCCGGCGAGCCCGCCGGGGCCGAAGGGGGUGACGAGUCGGCGCUUUCGGGCUUUCCCGUCGCUGCCGAAUCGGCCGAGGAGCCGCCGCCGCCGCCGUCGCGCGGGCCGAGCAGCUCUCCUGCGCCCGAGGCGGACGGCGACGGCGACGCCCGCCGCCGGGAGGGAGCGGUCCGUCCUUGCGCGCGCGCGCUGGAGCGCUACCUGAACGCCUCGCUGCACGCCUGGUUCCGCCAGGAGUUCCUGAUGGAGUACGAGGCGGAGGCGGGCCGGCUGCUGUGCAUGGUGUGCGGCGGGCGGCCGCCCUCGCUGCACCUGGACCACAUCAAGAACCACGUGCUGGAGCGACACCCCGACUCGCUGGUCUACAGCUCCGAGGAGAAGCACCGCGUGCUGCAGGCCUGGGCUCAAACUCACGACGAGUCGGAGAACUCCAUCCAAUCAGAAGCAAACUCCAAAGAUGACGGCUCGCCGUCUCGGGACGCGUCUCUGAACGAGGACGACGGCGGCGCGGCGGGCACCGCGCGCCAGAGGCGGGGCCCGCGGGGCGGCGACGCGCGACACCUGCGCCUGGACUACCUGGUGGCGUACGGGCCCCGGGGCCGCGCCGUCUACUGCAUGGUGUGCUCUCGGGUCGUGCGCGGGAGCCGAGUCCGGAGCUUCCGGCAGCACAUCCGCCAAUGUCACCCCGAGACGGAGGCCCUGAGCCGGCAAGAGCGCGAAGCCGUGGCGGCGGCCUGGACCAAAGACCGCCGCGCCGGAGACGAAAUCAGCACAAGUGACGCCGGUGUCCUCAAUACCUCCGGCGGCCCGAACGAGGACGGCUCCCCAGACGUCAAACCGUUGAUGAAAGAAGAGGAAGACGAGGAGGAGGAGGAGUUGGAGGAGGAAGGAGGCGGAGUCAAGGACACGGCCAAGGACGCUACCCCGCGCCAAGGCCACUACCCGGGCAAGGACCAGCGGCGAAACUACCAGGUGCGCUGGCGCACGGACUUCCUGAUGGACUACGACUGCCGGCGGCACGGGCUCAUCUGCAUGGUGUGCGGCGCGGCCUUGGCCACGCUGAAGGUGAGCACCAUCAAGCGCCACAUCCAGCAGGUGCACGCGCACUCGCUGCGCUACGGCGCCGACCAGAGGCGCAGCGCCGCGCUGGCCUACGACGGCGACGCCGCCGGACGCUUCGUCCACGCAGACGAUUGCUUCCUCGCCUGGGAUCACGCGCGCAGCGACACGGGGCCCUCGCACGCGCACUGAGCCGCGGCCGACCGCUUCCUUGCGGGCCCGGGACGGAGUACGCCAAGCGGCGCCGCUCCUCCGAGUCGAUAGUUAGCUUUCCAUAUCGGGGGGGGGGCGCUUUGUUUCCGACCUUCAGAGAUGAAAAGCGACUCCGAAACCCACGUGAGAAAUGCGCCGCCUCUGCAAAGUCGCCGGAGCCAUUCACAUUUUCCACGUUUGAUGUUACAGAAUGAUUCCAAAAUGGAAUUCAUUAUAUCUUUCCCCACAAAAGCCUGCACCUACCCGAAAAAAGUUGUCUUAAAUUGUUGCUAAUUUAUUAAAAAUAACUAUUCAUUUUAAGUUAGAGCCUUAUUCUAAAAUGAAAUAAAUUAUUCCCCCCCGCGCCAUAAUUCUGCACAAAAUACCUCUUAAAACAUGAAAGUACAUUUUUAGAAAUGUAUUCAGACUUAACAAUCACACGUUCACCAAAGCACUAAUAUAAAAGUCGUGCUUUACCGCGGUGUCAAGGAACAAUGUUGAAGUGAGUCGAGGAGCUUCAUUUAGUGCUUUGUGAAUUUUGCCGUUCGAGCCAUAAACGGACCAAUGCAUUUCCUGCUUCCGUUAUGGUUGGCAUUUAAACAAUACUAUUAAUCAAGCUGUUGACAUUUUGACCUCAUGAGACCAAGUCGACGCCCAACAAUUGAUCAACAGUACCUUGCCAACCGUGAUGUCCUCAGAGAGAAGUGGCCACUGAAUACUUUCCGGAAAGCCAUGUACGCGCCCCGUGAUUGGCUGACGAGCAGUCCAAGGGUGCACUCGCCUCUCGCUCAAGUCCGCCGGGCGACCCUAAUGAGGGCGAGCACUACAGAAAACGGAGGCAUGAGCACUUGCUGAGACUAAAUGCAUGAGUCACGUCGUGACAACUUGUUGUUCUUCUCAACCUGGAAAAUCUCAGGGAUUGCACAUUUGUUUCAAUCGAGGUUCUUGGAAGACGCGUGUGUUGCAAACAGAACGUCGGCAAAGUUUUAGGAGGAAAGUGGAAACGAAAUGUGUUGGUGAAACCAGCAAAAAGGCACUUCGGUAAUGUUCGAACACUUAUUUUCCAGACAGUGGCACUUCACGUGGAAAGCACACACAAGAAGUGACAUCAUCGUCGUCGUAUAAUUUCAUUGGUCCAUAUGCAGCACUUAACGCUUUUGAAAUGAUGGGAAUGACUUGUCGACAUGUUUUUGUAACUUGUGCUUGGCCUCCACGUCACCUUUGAUGCAAUAAUGCAAUAAAUGGAUGCCUGUUUUUCCUUGUA